GACAAAGGGAAUUCACGAUGAGCGGUACUUUUCCAAAAACAGUCACCGAUUUAGAUGGACACAAGAUUGAUGUUGAAGAUCUUUUAAAGCAUUAUGUGUUAAUCUUUAUAACACUCAAGUCUACGUUGUGCCCUGUUUGCCCACAACUAUUGUUAUUAUUAAAUUUACACGGGUUGCAAGAUAAUCCGCCGGCAGAAUUUCGGGAUCCAUUCGAUUAUUCGGUUACGCGGGUCCCUCCAGAAGAAAUUUCAACAGAUGCCUAUUUCCUCGUUCUAUGUCCCGGGCCAGUAGAAGAUGUGCGACGUAUAAAGGAAAGUUGCAAUUUUCCUUAUCCGUUUAUAGCGGAUGAAGAUUUAUCCAUUGCUUCGUCGAUGAACCUCAUUAAUUGGCGGGGCCCUAAAUUUUACGGUCAUGAUGAUUUGUUAAAGUAUUUACUUGCUUAUCGAGUCAGAAGUGAAAAGGAUGCUGUGAAAUACAUUGACGAAGCCAUGGAAUUGGACACACGCUUGAAAAAUCCAUUGGCCACAGAGUUACUAGAUGUAAACAAUUCACACCAACAACUACAAGCAGAACGCCAGGUGAUCUUGCAAAAACAACUUUUACCUGUAGAGCUACUCUCUCAGAUAUUCGAAUAUUUUGAACCAUUGGAAAUUGUAAAAUCCUCUAUGGCCACAUGCCGACAAUGGAGAUCCAUAGGGCUUGAAGUGAUGGUGAUGAGAAUGAGACAACAAGCUAAAGAUGUUUCAAAUUCGAUGGUAAUCUGCUCCGAACCAGCUUCAAAUGAUUCGAUUAAAUUAGGCACAGAUAAUGAAGGUAUCGAACAUUUUAAUCAACGAGUAGAAGAACUGGCUAAAGUGAUUAAAAUUGUUCAACGUUUGGUAGUAUGA